AUGUCCAGCUUGUACAUGAGGCGGCUCUCGGCGAUCACCGGCGAGGCGGGCGACGAUGACAUCGACGGCUACGGCGUCUUCGGUGGAGUGGCUGCGGACGCCUGCUCGCUGAUCGUCGCGUCCUGCGUGCUCGCCGCGUCCGUCGUCAUCUGGGAGGCGUGCGCCCUCGCCGCCACGGCCGCAGCGCUCGCCGCGGGCGCCGCCUGGUGCCUGAGCGUCGUGGCCGCGGCGGGCUGGAGCGCGAGCCGCGCGGGUGCGGAGUAUUCCGCCGCGGCGCCGGGCGGCGGCGUCGGCGCGCGCGGGUUCGCCGAGCUGGACAUCCGCGCGCUGCUGCCGCUACGCCCCUGGCUGCCGGCGUCGCCGUUCCAGCACCGCCGCGCCGGCGCGACGUGCUCGGUGUGCCUGGAGGAGGUGCGAGGCGGCGAGAUGGUGCGGAGCCUGCCCGGGUGCCGGCACGUGUUCCACGUCGGGUGCAUCGACCCGUGGCUGCACUCGCACGCGACGUGCCCCCUGUGCCGGUCCGACCUCUCGCCGCGGCGACGAGCCACGAUGGCCGCAGUUGCAGGACUGCAGGGUGGCUCACCGUCGCCGCGGUUGCCGUCAUUGUAG